AUGAAAAAACAAUGCGAAUUGUGUAAACAAGUGGCGCGGAUACACUGCUGGGCUGACCAGGCGAGCUUAUGCUGGGACUGCGACGCCAAGGUGCACUCGGCCAACUUCCUCUCGGCACGCCAUUCGAGGAACCUGCUCUGCCACGUGUGCCAGUCCCUGCUGACGUGGUCGGCCGCCGGCUCCAGCUUGGAACCCACCGUGGCUAUCUGCCAGCUGUGCUUCUACGGAGAAGUUCGCAAGAGGAAGAUUCAGGCGGAAAGCUCUUCGUAUGAUGAAAAUGCGGCAGUUAAAGGCGAGCCUCCGGAUGUAUGA